AUGUACACCACACAGGGACAGUCCCAGUCCACAUCCACCAGCGGAGUAGAUCCAGCUUCUUCCGGUCCGACUUCCGGUGACUCUGUAUCGGACCACGGUUACACACCCUACUGGCAGCAUAGGAGAGGCUCUUGUCAUUCAGACGAUCGCUCUUCAGAUCGUCCCCCACCAAUCACCCUCGAGGACCAUACCGAGUCUCGAGCAGCUACCAGAGGCGCUCUUUGGGCCAAGUCCAUCACCAUUGACGACUAUGUCAUCGUCCAUGGCAGCCCACCAGGGCUCGGAGCCUAUGUGGUAUGGAAUUGCAAAGUUCAGACGCUUGACGGAGGGCCAAUGACCAUCCGAAAACGAUACUCGGAAUUCGAUGAGCUAAGAAGGAAGUUGAUCAAAGCCUUCCCUCAAUCGAACAAGACUACUCUACCGCCACUCCCUCCAAAAAGCGCCAUCUACAAAUUUCGGCCCAAAUUCCUGGAAAAGCGACGCGAAGGCCUGGCCUACUUUCUGAAUUGCAUCAUGCUCAACCCCGAGUAUGCUGGUUCAACCAUCGUCAAGGACUUUAUCUUCCCUCCGGAAUCGUGA